AUGGAGCUGGCAGACAUGGAUAUUGUCAACUUCAUCCAAAACAUCCCAUUCUUCCCAGGAGCUAACGAUCGUGUCAGCAACGAGAUCUACCGGAUGAAAGUCGACAUGGAUCGUGUUCUCUCGACCUGGACCGUCGAGCAGCUUCGAGGCGUCUUUGCUGGUCUUCACGGUCACAGAUACUACGCUGAGCAGCUGGAAGGCUGGUGUCUUGAGGAAAUAUGCCUGAAUGCAUUGAGAGUUGGAGGCCUGACUUUCUUGACGGAUGCCAUCUAUCUCACUAAUUUCGACUUGGCGGAGCGUUUGAGACACGCUAAGUUGAAUGUGUUCCCUUAUCUUGUUUCUCGGGAAAAGUUCUUUUGUCAAAAAAGCAAGACCAAUCGAUUGGCUCAGCAGGUGGCAUCUCCAAACGACGCUGGAGUUUUCGAUCUUCUCCGUCUUCCAACUGAGCUGAUUGAGCAAAUUAUGAAACGAUCUCCAUACAAAGAUGUUCAAAGUCUGGCGGUCAGUUGUAGUGCUACCAACACCAUCUACCGGAGUAACAGCCUCAAGAUGCUUCUCCCAGACAUUGUAAUGGUACUUGAUUUCUCCAGCGGUGAGCUGACUACCCGAUGGUGGUUAGCAUCUGAUAGGAAGAGAUCUAUUGGCAAACUCGACAUGAUGGACAAGGAUAAUGAGCAUAAGAAAAACCAACUUCUCAAUAACACCACUCUUCUCUAUGUGGUCACUUCAGAUGACUUUGAGCCAGAAUACUGUGAUGAAGUUCGCAUGUUCGUGGGGAAUCGCAACUUCAAAAGAGUUGUAGUCAAAGGAUUGGAGUACACUGAAAACGUGAAGAUGAUGGUCGAGCUUUUCGAAAAGGAUUCUGUUGAACUCGAGGUUAACAAAUUGACAGAGGACUAUGUUCCAUUCCCAGAUAUCAAAACCAUUUCCAUCCGCGACAACCUCGACACUGUCCACAGUGAACGUUUGUUUGCUGCGAAACAGUUUAUCAACAUCUCCUGUGCCGUUUUGAAUGUUGACUCUUUCCGGAAGGCGCUUUAUGAAUGGGAUAUUGGUCAGCGACAAAUUGGUAGAUGGGUCAUCUUGAAGCAAUUCACCAUUUUCCAAACUCCAUUCGGCCAGCGCCAUCGUUAUGUAAAUGCAGGAGGAGAAAGAGGCUAUUUGGAGUUUUUGAGCGAGUUGGACUGUUCACAAAUGGCUCAUGGAGAAAUCACGGAAUACGUCUAUCGAACACUACCCUAA